CUGAAGAAAAGGAGGUUUGCCUGAGCGCUGCAAAGAGAGGGUUGUGGUUCUGCAGCUUGGGUGGCGGCUGGACGUGCGACUCAGGGUUGAGGUGGGCGGCGGGAUGAUGGAGGAGGAGGAACUGGAGUUCGUGGAGGAGCUGGAAGCCGUGCUGCAGCUCACGCCUGAUGUGCAGCUCGCCAUCGAGCAGGUGUUUCCAAGCCAGGACCCUCUAGAUCGAGCAGAUUUCAAUGCGGUGGAGUAUAUUAAUACCCUGUUCCCAACAGAGCAAUCUCUGGCAAACAUUGAUGAAGUUGUGAACAAAAUUAGACUGAAAAUACGGAGAUUGGAUGACAAUAUUCGAACUGUUGUAAGAGGUCAGACAAACGUGGGGCAGGAUGGCAGGCAAGCACUUGAAGAGGCCCAGAAGGCCAUCCAGCAGCUCUUCGGCAAAAUCAAAGACAUCAAAGACAAAGCAGAAAAAUCAGAGCAGAUGGUUAAAGAAAUCACCCGUGAUAUUAAGCAGCUAGAUCAUGCCAAACGCCACCUGACCACCUCCAUCACGACGCUGAACCACCUGCACAUGUUGGCGGGCGGUGUGGAUUCCCUCGAAGCCAUGACCAGGCGAAGACAGUACGGAGAAGUCGCUAACCUUCUUCAAGGCGUGAUGAACGUCCUGGAGCACUUCCACAAGUACAUGGGAAUUCCGCAGAUCCGGCAGCUUUCUGAGAGAGUGAAGGCCGCCCAGACUGAGUUAGGACAGCAAAUCCUGGCUGAUUUUGAAGAAGCAUUUCCUUCCCAGGGCACGAAGAGGCCGGGAGGACCCAGCAACGUCCUACGAGAUGCAUGUCUGGUUGCUAAUAUUUUGGACCCUAGAAUCAAACAGGAAAUCAUCAAAAAGUUUAUUAAACAGCAUCUGUCAGAAUACCUGGUACUUUUUCAAGAAAACCAAGAUGUUGCCUGGCUGGACAAAAUCGACAGACGCUAUGCCUGGAUUAAACGCCAGCUCGUGGACUAUGAGGAGAAAUAUGGCCGUAUGUUUCCACGUGAGUGGUACAUGACCGAGAGGAUUGCGGUAGAAUUUUGCCACGUCACCAGGACAGAACUCGCCAAGAUUAUGCGUACCAGAGCCAAGGAGAUUGAAGUGAAAUUGCUUCUUUUUGCAAUUCAGAGAACAACUAACUUUGAGGGGUUUCUUGCAAAACGCUUCUCGGGGUGUACCCUGACGGAUGGAGCUCUGAAAAAACUUGAGUCUCCGCCCCAAUCGACCAAUCCCUUCCUGGAAGAUGAACCAGCACCAGAGAUAGAGGAACUGGCGAUAGAGAAGGGAGACUUAGAUCAACCAAAGAAGCCUAAAGCCCCAGACAAUCCAUUUCAUGGCAUUGUUUCCAAGUGUUUUGAGCCUCAUCUUUAUGUGUAUAUCGAGUCCCAGGACAAAAACCUUGGAGAGCUGAUAGAUCGGUUUGUGGCCGAUUUCAAAGCCCAGGGACCACCUAAGCCCAACACUGAUGAAGGGGGUGCCGUGCUCCCCAGCUGUGCUGACCUCUUUGUCUACUACAAGAAGUGCAUGGUGCAAUGCUCUCAACUCAGUACUGGGGAGCCGAUGAUCGCUCUGACCACCAUUUUCCAGAAGUACCUCCGAGAAUAUGCGUGGAAAAUCCUCUCCGGCAAUCUGCCCAAGACCACAAGCAGCAGCGGAGGGCUGACCAUCAGCAGCCUCCUCAAGGAAAAGGAAGGCUCCGAAGUAGCCAAGUUCACUCUGGAGGAGCUCUGCCUCAUCUGCAGCAUCCUGAGCACAGCAGAGUACUGUCUGGCCACCACCCAGCAGCUAGAAGAAAAACUCAGAGAAAAAGUUGAUGUGAGUCUGACUGAACGAAUCAAUCUGACUGGAGAAAUGGAUACAUUCAGCACUGUCAUCUCUAGCAGCAUUCAGUUGUUGGUUCAGGAUCUGGAUGCUGCCUGCGACCCUGCCCUGACUGCCAUGAGCAAGAUGCAGUGGCAGAAUGUGGAGCACGUUGGGGACCAGAGCCCUUAUGUCACCUCUGUCAUUCUCCACAUUAAGCAGAAUGUCCCUAUCAUCCGUGACAACCUGGCCUCCACCCGGAAAUACUUUACUCAGUUCUGCAUCAAAUUUGCAAACUCCUUCAUUCCCAAGUUCAUCACCCACCUCUUCAAGUGCAAGCCGAUUAGCAUGGUGGGAGCAGAACAGCUGCUGCUGGACACUCAUUCCUUGAAGAUGGUCCUGCUCGAUCUGCCUUCCAUUGGCUCACAGGUGGUGAGGAAAGCACCUGCCAGUUACACUAAAAUUGUUGUGAAAGGCAUGACCCGGGCAGAAAUGAUUCUCAAGGUGGUGAUGGCCCCUCACGAACCGCUGGUGGUGUUCGUUGACAACUAUAUCAAACUCCUUACGGACUGCAACACAGAAACCUUCCAGAAGAUACUGGACAUGAAGGGCCUGAAGAGAAGCGAGCAGAGCAGCAUGCUGGAGCUCCUGCGCCAGAGGCUCCCCACGCCGCCGUCAGGCCCGGAGGGCUCGGGCUCCCUGUCCCUGCUGGCUCCGACGCCGGAGCAGGAAUCCUCGCGCAUCCGCAAACUGGAGAAACUGAUUAAAAAGAGACUGUAGGACGUGCAUGGGGCCCUUUGCCCCCUGGCCAGUGCCCCCGAGCACCCAGCUGCCUAGAAACCCCCCACCUCCCCUGCGCUCCCCUUGACUCAGAGCAGCAAUCCUGAAACCUCCUGGGACAUUUGUGUAGUUGAUGUGUCUUCCCCAUGACCUGUCUUAAUUCUCGUUCUAAUCAAAGAGCCAAACAAGGGCAGGGUGAUAAGAAGGCUUCUGAGUCGGUCUCUGAUUCUCACCUACGGCAGAGGCAGCGGCAGGUGAGAGGGCCCUGCGAUUCACUUGUCUUUCUGGGCUGCUCUCACUCGCUUUGCAGCCUCACGUCUGCAGCUGCUCCCUGAGGGCCGUGCUCCCUGUUGGGCGGCCUGGCGCCGGCGCCGGAGCUCAUGCAGCCGCACAUCACGGCUGCGGGACGUUAGCAUCGCCUUAUGCAGCCGAUGGAAACAGGUGCACUCUUCCUUCUGGAUCCUUCUCCUGGUAUGUACUGCCGUGACUAGGCCAGGUUAUCUCCGUAAUCUGCAGGCCCGUCUGUGUGUGUCACGGGAGAGAUGCCUCCCAUACGUCUCACCCAGGGAGGCCGUAUGCGCCAGGCCUCAGGAGCAGGUGCCCCUAUGUCGUGGGGCUCCUUGCCUGGCUGUGGGGGUGCACCCGUAUCCGCCCUGGAGAGAAGGCUCCGUGUGCCGUGGCCAGAUUCUUCUCUCCAUCUCUUCAUUCCCACUCUAGGCCUGACUUCUAGUGGAGGGAUUGCCUUCUGUGAAGAGAAACUAGGAGGUUUUCCUAGAAAACUUGUCCUAGGCUUUCUCCUCAGAUGAAGCUGUGGGACGGCGCAGGAGGCCUGGACCCUCUCAUCCCCUGCCUGGCCAUUUGUUUCAAACCCACAUCACUUUCCAGAAUGAUCUGAAACAACAGAGGUGAUGUGAGGUGCCAGAGCGACAUACGUUAGGAACACAAUGUCGACCUUAAACACCUGCUCAGAGCCUGCUCCGGCCCAGAACACAGGCUGACCCUCCGGCCUGGGCCCUGGCUCUCAGCCAGCUCGGCUUUGCAGAAGAGAGCCAUUCCCUAGAGCUGCCCAGUCCCCACGUCGUCCUGCGGCGCAACAACGGGCAGCAUGCCAGGUGGCCGCCCCGAUUUGCCUGCUUCGCCGGAAACCAAGCCUCAAUUAACCGUGACCGCAGCCUCCGGGCAGCCGCUGUUGGUGCCAGCGUUGUCCGGGAAUUCUGGACCCUGUGUUGACCCAGUGGAGAGAGAGCUAAGGUGGAAGGGGAAGCUCUUUACAGAGAAUGCACACCACAGGCCCUCAGGAUAAAACUGAGAUCUCAAAUAGCACUCAAAAAUGAGUUUUCAGGAGAGAGGAAGUUUCCUGAAAAUCCAUAAAACUUGUGACAGCCAUAAAGGAGGAAACAGUAAGGCUUGAAAAUCAGACCAGAAACUGAUGAUUUUUCCCCUUCUUGUUUUCCAAUACAACCGCUCUGUGCGGCGCCCCUUCCCCUCCAUCAGCCUUCUCCCAGACUCCGCCCAUCGCCGCAGCUUGAUCCCGGGCCUCACCUCUUCACCCGCAGCCAGUCUCCUGCUAGUCAGUAUGACUCGUGUGUACAGAGCGUCUCAAACUGGACGACACCAAGAAGAAACGCUGUUUUUGGCUGAGCUCUCUUAGGGAAGGACUGCUGCAGGAGGGCGGGGGAGGGGCUGGGGCCGAGCGCGGGCGGCACCCUGCCCAGGCUUCACCUUGCCGGGGCAGCCGUCCCACAGCACGCGAUGGUGGAGGUUAGCAUUCACUUCCGGCCCAUGAAAGAAGGCCAGUGGGCUCAUCUCCAAACAGCACAGGCGCUUCAGCCAUCUGUCGUCAACCUGGGGAGCCAGGAAAGCCACUGGACUCUUGCACCUGGUUCUUGUCACUCUCAGUGUUUAUAGACCCACACUCCUCUCUGGUUCGUUCCUGAGGAGUCGUUUUCUGGACAUCUCCGUAACGCAUUGAGAUGUCAAGCCGCUGUUUUCUCCCAGUUGGUGGUCACAGCCAGGGAAGUUGCUUUCUUGAUUUAUUACAUUGUCAGUAAUCUCCACGGAGCCUCCACAUGUCAGUAGGAGUUAUGUUAAAUGUCUGUUGAUGGGGUCUGAAUGCCCCGUAUGCACCCUCUAAAGGCAGCGUGUUUCUCAGCAGGGGGCACGCAUCAGAAUCACCUGGGGCCCUUUUUACAAAUACAGUUGCCUGGAGAUUCUGAGUCAGGAAGUCUGGGGUGGGGUCUGGGCAUGCAGGUCAUCGGGACGUUUACCCCCCUUGUUAGAAACCAUUGCAACAGAGCGACAUUUGCUUCAUCCAAGCAUUCCUGUUUUCAUAAAUAUUUAUUUUUCCCAGCUCUCUAAGCAAGUGUAAUUACUCUACAGGUGAGCUGGUACCAACAUGGGGAAGAUCCUCUGCUAACAUCCAGCAGCUUUAAUUUGAAGCUUGUGUUGAUGACAGGGACCAUGCCAGAAUUGUACUGUCCCAUACAGACUAAGAUUCUUGCCGUCUUGACAACUUGGCCCCACAGAGAAAUUUGAUCUAUGACUGUCACUUCUGAAUAACAUAUAUAAAGAGUACUCAUUGAUAAAAACAGUAA